GAUGUGCGUUGUUCAUCAUUUGGGCUACGCUCUAUCGUUGUGCCUUGGACAUCAUGAUCUGGAAUUCUGUGUUUUUGGUUGUCAACCUCUUACAUUUCAUAUACCUAGUGUAUAAAAGAAGACCGAUCAAGAUAGAGAAGGAGCUUAGCAGCCUCUACAAGAGAAUGUUUGAACCUCUCCAUGUGCCUCCAGACCUCUUCCAAAGACUAACUGGACAGUUCUGCAACAUUCAGACUUUAAAGACAGGUCAAGCCUAUGCUGCAGAAGAUAAAACAUCAGUUGAUGAUAGGUUAAGCAUCCUGAAAAUGAAGGUGUCUUAUCGAGGGCAUUUUCUGCAUAAUAUUUACCCCUGUGCCUUUAUAGAUUCUCCAGAAUUUCGAUCAACACAGAUGAACCGGGGUGAAAAAUUCCAGGUCACCAUUAUUGCAGAUGAUAACUGCAAGUUCCUGUGCUGGUCCAGGGAAAGGCUGACUUACUUUCUGGAAUCUGAGCCAUUUCUUUAUGAGAUCUUUAAGUAUCUUAUUGGCAAAGAUAUUACAAAUAAACUCUAUUCAUUGAAUGACCCAACCUUAAAUGACAAGGCUUCAAAAAAGAUUGAUCGACAGCCUAGUCUUUGCUCGCAGCUCUCUGUGAUGCAGAUGAGAAACAGUAUGGCCAGUACCAGUGACAGUGAGGAUGGCUUGCAGAUGUUUCUUCGUGGGACUUCCUCUGCAUCCUCUCUUCGUCCAGGCCGGACAUCUCCCUGCCUGAGAACUUCGGCAAAAAUGAAGCCAAUAGAGGAAAGUGUUGAGGAUGAUGUCUUUGAAACACCUUCUGCUGAUAAGUUGGAGCUCCGGCAGCUGCCUUAAACAGAUGUGUCCUCAGGCAGAUCGGAGCUUGUACAAGGCUCCAGUACAAGAGGAAGAAGCUGAAUUUGGGAGGAAUCUGAAAGCUAAAACCACCUCUCUGGGUUUGAAUUUAUCACAGCAUAUGUCAGUGGCUUCUAGAUGGAAAUGUCACAUCUUAUUUUACUUCUAAAUUAAAAAAAAU